CUUCAACAGUGUUUGAACGGAACCCUCUCUGAGUCUUUUUUAGACCAAAAUCUCUCUCUCUCUCGCAUUACUCUUUUUUUUGUGACUUUUUUGCGCCACCAGCAAACACCGAAACGCCGCCAUGCAAUCCCAGGUGCGUCAGAACUUCAACAGCGACUGCGAAGCCGCCAUCAACCGUAUGGUGAACAUGGAGUUGUAUGCCUCCUAUGUCUAUCUGUCCAUGUCUUACUAUUUCGAUCGUGAUGACGUGGCACUCCACCAUGUGGCCAAGUUCUUCAAGGAGCAGAGUCAUGAGGAAAGGGAGCAUGCCGAAAAGUUCCUCAAAUACCAAAACAAACGUGGGGGCCGCGCCGUCCUUCAGGAUAUCAAGAAACCAGAGCGUGACGAAUGGGGUAACACCCUGGAAGCCAUGCAGGCCGCUCUGCAGCUGGAGAAGACUGUGAACCAGGCUUUACUGGAUCUGCACAAGCUGGCAUCUGACAAGACUGAUCCUCAUCUCUGCGACUUCCUGGAAUCUGAGUACUUGGAGGAACAGGUGAAGGCCAUGAAGGAGCUUGGAGACUACAUCACAAACCUGAAGCGCCUUGGGGUGCCGCAGAACGGCAUGGGCGAGUACCUGUUCGACAAGCACACCCUGGGGGAGAGUAGCUAAGCGCACUCUCAGGGUGGAAACAACCAGUCAGCUCUCUGUUUCAAAAUACUGUCUCUUUACUAUCUGUGUGGAUUACACCAUAGCUCCCAUGCCCCUGUUGACACCUUUUUAUCUUGAGGAUGAUGGGAAUAAAUCUGUGCUAUUACUGUUCUGAAUCAUGCAGAAGCUGCUGUGCUUGUCAACAUGUUUUCAAUAAAGUUUUUUCAGCAUUCCAAA